AGUCAUAAUGCUUUCAACUUAAAUUCAGUGCGAUAAAUUCUUCAAAGCUGUCUCUCUCUCUCACACACACCCCAACGUCUAUUCAUCUGGUCACCAAAACUCCACAAAUUAACGCUAACGGCGAAACGAUGAAGAAGACUUCUUCUUUCAAGCUCCAGCUUUUAACGGCGUUUGCAUGUUUUCAGAUCUUGUUUAUAUCUCUAGGCAAUGCAGAAAGGUCCGAAACACGAAUACUUUUGACAUCCAAUGGCACAUUGAGGGAAAAACAUGGUGAAAACUAUUGUGCAAUGUAUGAUAUAUGUGGAUCUCGGAGUGAUGGGAAAGUAUUAAACUGUCCUUUUGGCUCUCCGUCUGUAAAGCCAGAUGACUUGUUAUCUGCUAAGAUCCAAAGUUUGUGUCCAACCAUUUCGGGAUCCAUAUGUUGUACAGAGACUCAAUUCGAUACAUUGCGUUCACAAGUCCAACAAGCCAUACCUUUUUUAGUUGGAUGUCCGGCAUGCUUAAGAAAUUUUUUGAAUCUUUUUUGUGAGCUUACAUGCUCUCCGAAUCAAAGCCAGUUCAUCAACGUGACGUCUAUUUCUCAGAUAAAGAAUAAUUCGACCGUGGGGGGGAUUGACUACUAUAUAACCGACACCUUUGGAGAGGGUUUAUUUAAUUCUUGUAAAGAUGUAAAGUUUGGUACCGCGAAUUCUAAGGCUAUUGAUUUUGUUGGAAAUGGUGCUAAGAAUUUCAAAGAGUUGUUUGCUUUCAUUGGUCAAGAAGCAGCCCCUAAGUUACCAGGGUCACCCUACGCAAUAAAUUUUCGGUCGGAUGCUGAUGUGUCGACAGGAAUGAAGCCGAUGAAUGUCAGUACUUAUUCAUGUGGUGACACAUCACUAGGUUGUUCUUGUGGUGACUGUCCUUCCUCUCCUGUUUGUUCCGGUUCUGCCCCUCAACCACUUCAUGAAAACGGUUCUUGCUCAGUGAGGAUCGGCUCUCUUCAGGCAAAAUGCAUUGAGUUUUCAUUAGCAAUAGUGUAUAUUUUGUUAGCCUCCUUGUUUCUUUGGUGGGGUUUGUUUUAUAAACGAAAAGAAAGGAGUCCAACCUUGAGACCUAAAGCAUCCACGAAUGUGACUAAUGGCGGUCCGGUACAGCUGGUCCAUGGGAUAAAAGAUGAGAACAUUUCCAUGCAGAUGUUGCAGGAUACCCCUCAUAUCACAAGUGGGGUUCAGCUUUCGGUCGUGCAAGGAUUGAUGGCGAAAAAGUUCAGGCUAUAUGGAACAUGGGUUGCUAGACAUCCAAUUCUUGUACUGUGUUUAUCACUGGCUGUUGUUAUCCUUCUUGGUUUAGGCCUAAUCCGUUUUAAAGUAGAGACACGACCCGAGAAGCUUUGGGUAGGCCAUGGGAGUCGAGCUGCCGAAGAAAAAAAAUACUUUGACAGCCACCUGGCACCCUUUUACAGAAUUGAGCAGCUCAUAUUGGCAACCAAACCUCGUGGUUCACAUGAGAAACCACCAACUAUCGUCACGGAUGAAAAUAUCAACUUGCUUUUUGAAAUACAAGCAAAGGUAGAUGGAAUUCGAGCAAAUUACGCUGGGUCGUUGGUUUCUUUGACAGACAUAUGCAUGAAACCUCUCGGGGAGGCUUGUGCCACACAAAGUAUACUACAGUAUUUCAAGAUGGACCCUAAGAACCUCGUGGACUUUGGGGGCGUUGACCAUGCGGAAUACUGCUUUCAGCAUUACAGUUCUGAUGUGAAUUGUAUGAGCGCGUUCAAAGGCCCACUAGAACCAAGCACAACGUUAGGAGGUUUCUCCGGUAACAAUUACUCUGAGGCGUCUGCAUUUAUUGUAACUUAUCCCGUGAACAACGCAAUCGAUAAGGAAAGCAACGAAACUAAAAAAGCAGUGGCUUGGGAGAAGGCCUUCAUUAAGUUAGUGGAGGAUGAGCUCCUGCCAAUGGUGAAAUCCAAGAAUUUGACACUAUCAUAUUCAUCUGAAAGCUCCAUCGAAGAAGAACUGAAGAGAGAAAGUAAUGCAGAUGCUAUAACAGUUUUGAUAAGCUACCUUGUGAUGUUUGCUUAUAUAUCAUUAACAUUGGGUGACACUCCUCGCUUCUCGUUUUUUUAUAUUUCGACCAAGGUGUUGCUCGGGCUUUCGGGGGUGGUACUUGUGAUGCUUUCCGUUAUUGCAUCGGUCGGUUUUUUCAGUGCGAUUGGAGUAAAAUCUACACUCAUUAUAAUGGAAGUCAUCCCUUUUCUCGUUUUGGCUGUGGGGGUAGACAAUAUGUGCAUUCUGGUACAUGCGGUUAAACGGCAGCAGGUGGAAUUACCUUUGGAAGGCCGGAUAAGUAACGCGCUUGCAGAAGUGGGACCGUCUAUAACUCUAGCUAGUUUAUCGGAGGUUUUAGCGUUUGCCGUUGGAAGUUUUAUUCCUAUGCCAGCAUGUCGCGUGUUUUCUAUGUUUGCAGCACUGGCUAUUCUGUUGGACUUCCUUCUGCAAGUUACUGCUUUUGUAGCUUUAAUUGCUUUAGAUUUUCGACGAGCCGAGGACCACAGGGUUGAUUGUUUUCCAUGUAUUAAAAUUCCCAAUUCACAUGCUGAUACCGAUCAAGGUAGUGAUCAAAGAAGAUCAGGAUUACUUACUCGAUAUAUGAAGGAGGUUCAUGCACCCAUACUAGGUGUAUGGUGGGUCAAAUUAGUAGUUAUUUCUGUGUUUGCUGCAUUAUCAUUGGCCAGCAUCGCAUUAUGUACAAGGAUUCAACCUGGUUUGGAGCAACAAAUAGUUCUGCCUCGAGACUCGUAUCUUCAGGGUUAUUUCAAUAAUGUCUCCGAGUAUCUCAGAAUUGGCCCGCCUCUAUAUUUUGUCGUAAAAAACUAUAAUUACAGUUCAGAAUCGAGGCAGACAAAUCAGUUGUGCUCCAUCAACAAUUGUGAUUCAAACUCCCUUUUAAAUGAGAUAUCAAAAGCAUCUCUGGUCCCUAAAUCCAGUUACAUUGCUAAACCCGCUGCUUCAUGGCUUGACGAUUUUCUUGUUUGGGUAUCUCCGGAAGCUUUUGGCUGCUGCAGGAAGUUCACUAAUCAAACUUAUUGUCCUCCUGAUGAUCAGCCUCCUUGUUGUACUUCGAGUGAUGGUUCCUGUAGCGUAAAUGGAGUUUGCAAAGACUGUGCUACGUGUUUUCGUCACUCGGAUUUACAAAAUGAUCGCCCAACUACAACACAAUUCAAGGAGAAGCUUCCGUGGUUCCUUAAUGCUCUGCCUUCGGCUAACUGUGCAAAAGGUGGCCAUGGGGCCUACACCAAUAGUUUGGAACUUAACGGCUUUGAGGAUGGUGUUAUUCGAGCAUCCUCCUUUCGCACAUAUCACACUCCCCUAAACAAGCAGGUUGAUUUUGUCAACUCAAUGAGGGCUGCAAGAGAAUUUAGCUCAAGGCUCUCCAAGUCCUUAAAGAUUGAGAUUUUUCCAUAUUCGGUAUUUUACAUGUUCUUUGAGCAAUAUCUUGACAUAUGGAAGACGGCAUUGAUCAGUCUUGCAGUAGCUAUUUGUGCCGUAUUUGUUGUCUGCAUGAUUAUUACAUGCAGCAUAUGGAGCUCGGGAAUCAUCGUUGUUGUGUUGAUGAUGAUUCUUGUGGAUCUCCUGGGAGUGAUGGCUGUUCUGAACAUCCAACUGAAUGCCGUAUCUGUUGUUAACCUUGUAAUGUCAGUGGGUAUUUCUGUCGAGUUUUGUGUACAUAUAACACAUGCGUUUUUGGUUAGUAGCGGAGAUAGAGAUCAGCGGACAAAGGAGGCUUUGAGUACAAUGGGUGCUUCAGUUUUCAGCGGAAUAACACUAACAAAGCUAGUGGGAGUUAUCGUCCUUUGCUUCUCAAGAACCGAAAUAUUUGUGGUUUAUUACUUUCAAAUGUACCUUGCCUUGGUUCUUCUUGGUUUCCUGCAUGGGCUGAUUUUCUUACCAGUGGUACUAAGCAUUGUUGGGCCACCUUCGAGACGAAUUCUGGUUGAGCAGAAAGAUGAUAAGAAGUCUUCCGCUUCACCAUCAUCAUAAGUGAUAUAUUUGGUGCGAGUGCAACGAUUGUUAAAUGUAUAUAGUGUUACCUCAAGUUAUAGAUGAACACAGAUGUAACUUAACUUGUAAUCGCGUGUUUAUCUAAUUAUCAUAAUCCACAUGUGUUCUGUAACUU